AUGCUUGUUGUAUUGAAGCAACAUGGGGCUUUUUCAGGGUAUAGAGACAGAGUUGCAGAAAUUUGCAGCCAAACCAGAGCACAAUUGCUCAGACAGCACAUUCUUGGUGCUCAUGUCUCAUGGCAUCCUGGGUGGAAUCUGCAGAACGAUGCACAGGAGGAGAAAUCAGAUGAGCUGCCUUAUGACACCAUCUUUGAGAUAUUCAGCAAUCGCAACUGCCAUAGUCUAAUGGACAAACCCAAGGUCAUCAUUGUCCAGGCCUUUAGAGAUGCACCUCAGUCAGUACAGGACAACCCAGCUGUGCGUACCUCAACAAGCCCAGGAAAGAGUCCCCAGAAAAAGCUCAAAGAAAAGUCAGCAGAGGUGCCAAUCUCAAAACCCAAGGUCUACCAUACUGUAGAGACAAUAGUCAUCCCCUGCAUAUUUUUAAAAAAAGAUGCCCAUCAUGGCAGUUUGGAUAACUCAGUAAAUCAAAAUGUGCUGAAAUUGAAGGAAGAGGAAAAGAAAAAAGAAGAAGAUGCCAGAAUUGAAAACAAGACCUUGAUUUCCAGAUCUUCUUUCCGAAAAACUUUGGUUGGAACUCAAACGAUUUUCCAAGUUCUCUGUAACAGGUAUCAAAAGGCCACCAGUUCAGAAGAAGAUGAACUGGCCAAUAAAAUACUCAGUAUUUUUAGAUCCACGAGCAAAGCUGUCGGUCAUAGAAUUUUGAAUAACUUGGAGCAAAAUAUGCUGAAACUAAAGGAAGAGGAAAAGAGAAAAUAUUAUCAUGCUGACCUUGAAAACAAAGUCCGGGUCUUGGUAGACUUUGUGCUAGAGAAACAUAUGACAGAUCAAACGUUUAUUCCAGUGCUUCUUAAUAUGGUUCAGAAGUUCAACAGGAUAGCAGCUCUUCCUGGACCAGUUGAGUCAACAGAAUCUCCAAAUUCCCUCAAGCUUUGUUCUCAUGAAGAAUCCCUGAGACUGUGUAAAGAAAAGAGAAAAAAAGAUGGACAGAUCUAUCCAAUAAAGGAGAAAAAAGAUCGCACUUUCCUGGCUCUCAUUAUUUGCAAUACAGAGUUUGACCAUCAUCCUUCAAGAGACGGGGCUGACAUUGACACCACAGGGAUGAAGUGCUUGCUUGAGAACUUGGGCUACACUGUGGAUGUAAAAGAGAACCUAACAGCCGAGGAAAUGGAGACAGAGUUGCGGAAAUUUGCAGCCAGACCAGAACAUAAGUCCUCAGACAGCACAUUCUUGGUGCUCAUGUCUCAUGGCAUCCUGAAUGGAAUCUGUGGAACAAAGGACAGGAAAGAGAAACCAGAUGUGCUACCUUAUGACACCAUCUUCGAGAUAUUCAACAACCGCAACUGCUGUAGUUUAAAGGACAAACCCAAGGUCAUCAUUGUCCAGGCCUGCAGAGGUGGAAACUAUGGUGAGGUGUGGGUCACAGACUCCCCAGCAGCUUUGCCUAUGAGAUCUACACAGACACCUCAGGACAUGAAGAAUGAUGCUGUUUGCAAGACUCAUGUGGAGAAGGACUUUGUUAAAUUCUGUUCCUCAACCCCACAUAAUGUUUCUUGGAGAGACACCACCAGGGGUUCCCUGUUCAUCACAGAGCUCAUCUCAUGCUUCCAGGAAUAUUCUUGCUGCUAUCACCUAAUGGAAAUAUUUCAGAUGGUACAACAAUCAUUUGAAAAACCAGGUCCUAAUGCCCAGAUGCCCACCAUUGAAAGACAAUCUCUGACAAAAUAUUUCUACCUCUAUCCUGGCCAUGGAAAAUAG